AUGGGGCUAUUAUCGAUUUUACGAAAAAUUCGUCAAAAAGAAAAGGAGAUGAGAUUACUAGUACUUGGUUUAGACAAUGCUGGUAAAACCACCAUAUUAAAACGGUUAAAUGGUGAGGAUAUUGAUAAAAUUUCACCUACUUUAGGUUUCAAUAUUAAAACAUUAGAACAUAACGGGUACAAGUUACAUGUAUUUGAUGUUGGUGGACAAAAAUCUAUUAGAACUUAUUGGCGCAAUUAUUUUGAACAAACUGAUGGCGUGAUUUGGGUUGUAGAUAGUGCCGAUAGGAUGAGAUUGGAAGAUACAAAAGUUGAAUUAAAAACAUUAUUAUUAGAAGAACGUUUAGCGGGAGCUUCAUUGUUGGUUUUUGCUAACAAACAGGAUCUUCCAGGAGCUUUAACUGAUAAACAAAUUCGCGAGGGUCUUGAACUUGAUUCUAUCAUAACACAUCAUUGGGCUAUUCAAGCCUGUAGUGCAGUUACAGGUGAAAAUUUGCUUCGUGGAAUGGAUUGGAUUGUUGGUGAUAUAGCAUCUAGAAUAUACUUAUUAGAAUAA